AUUAUCGAUAUAUUGAGGUCAACUCCAGUCAACCCGUGACCAUUGUCCAGUACCUAAGUAACCAAUCGAUGGUACAGGCCAGUUCAACAUUAGUGUAUCCAUUAGACAUGUACAACACAGGGGCCUCUCUGACGUCAUACCUCCUCACCUCAAACUUACUUUCAAAGAACGCAACAGACAAUCACGUGACUGUGACGUCAACAUCAAGCGCCAAAAACGAAAUACAGCUGAUAUUUCAAGGUCAAAAUACAUCCGAGAUUUUACUUGUAGGAAAUUCUCCCAUUAAUUUUUGUUUAUUUGACAAGCUGAACAAAAGCCUGGACGCACUCUACCAGAGUUUGCUAGUCAAGACAAGUUCAAAUCUUGAUGGCGCCUAUCUUUACUCCACCCAACCUUUUUUAGUCCAUCUCAGUACACCAGAGCAGGUCAGUCUGAACCAGAUGACCUUGGACUCUACCCUGGACGAGCUACUGCCGCUACAGUACAUUGGCAGAGAGUACUUUAUCAUUCAGACAGAAAACCUCCAAACUAUGUCUAGUAUCAAGUGUCUAGCAGCCUACAAUUGGACCAGCAUUACAAUAGUCUCAUCAGUCGUGAAGUCUGUAGUUCUUAAUUACAUUAGUGUAACGUAUGAAACAGCUUUAAAUACCAGCCUAGUCUCCUAUGUGUACGGGAAUGUCAGCUUCUAUGUGUACCAGACCUUCUCAACUUUGAAAGGUUCCCAACAAGACGUGUGUGUGACGUCUCUGUUACCAUCAAGUCUAUGGAGGUAUGAAUACGACUUUGCUAGAGUCUCUAAUGUCCACACAAUCUAUAUGUAUAUCAUCCUAGAGACCAGCCUAAUUUCGGACAUAGUCACCAGUUACUGGAGAGUAAAUUGGAAAUGUCAAAAUAUUUCAGGUACUCAGUACUCCGGUUGUUCCUCCCUACUGCCCAGUAACAUCACUUACCUACAUAUACAACUAAAAAACAAACAAAAAACAUUUGGAUCUUAUGUGUUGGCUCAAAGUAGCACUGCGUCCCUCUGUCACCCCAUGGGAAUAGCGGAGAUAAACCAAAGUCUGACAACUCAGCCGAUGUUUCAGCAUCAAGUCUAUUUGCAACAUCUUCAAGCCCAAAAGAAUUCAGUUUGCGUCAAAGAAUCCUCUACCCUGACAAGUGACAUCACAACCUGGUUUACUUCUGCUCCUACUUCCGACGUCACUACCAUUAACACGUCCACUGAAAAAGCUACAACGUAUUCCACCAGCGAUGCUACACUGGCAGGAGUCACUGGUGAUCCGAUCAAUACCUCCACGAAGGUUUUGUCUGAGUGCCUUUGCAUCUCCAGCACGGCGGCUGCUACCACGCCCAGGACUGUCGAAGAAGGCAUAGAAGCUGCCAACAAGAUCGUGACUGAGCUGAAAAUGAAUCCCAAAAACGUCUCGUCUUACAGAAGAACAUUGACCUCAGCCUUGGACCAGAGAAGGUCUUCUGAAGCCUUUGGAGCUGCUGGCGUUAUCAUCAUAGCUGUUGUUCUAGCAGUGUUUGUUAUAUCCGAUGUAACGUACUUGUGGCAGUUUAUUCAUUCCUUUUCACAUAAAGGUUAAUUUAAAAAAAAACAAUGAACUUAUUAUUACAUUGUGCCAAAACAAAGAAAAAACUUGCGGCACAGCAGUCAACAAGUUUUUUUUUUACAUAGUUGUAAUUGUUUUAGUGUCUUGAGAGGGAUAUUGGAGUGGUUCAAAAUAAGUCUGCGAUGCCCAAAUUACAGCCCAGGACUUCGACGGCACAGCAUGACAUGGUGCUGUAUGGCACCUUGAAACUUCUGCAGAGAGUGCAUAAUGAAGCCAAUGGACUUUAUUUUUCAUGGUUAUGUGACCCACUUAAAUGUCAUUUAAUUAUUAUAGACUACAUUAUGCUGUUAAAUCUGGCCAAGAAGUGUACCAUUGGCCCUUGUUUUACCAUACCUUUGAGUGCUGGGUUUGAGCUGCAAAUAGAUGAGAUCAUGAAUGUAGCCUUAACCCUGAGCUUAUCUUCCUCACUAUGCAGUGCACGUAGAAGUACAGGAAGACAUCAUGUGCCAAGAGUUGAGUUUUAGCUUCACUAUUGUUUCUAACAAGACCUGCAGGAAAUUUAAAAUAAUUUGAAACAUUAUAUGUAUGUUUAGAAAAAAAUAAAUUACACAGGCAGUAACAAUUUGGGUUUGUUUUUAACAAAGUUUAUAUUAACUCACUCUGUCUUUUUGUCUGUCUGGUAGAAGUGUGCACACGUGAUUUCUCCCACAACCAUUCUCGGAUCAAGUUGAAACUUCACACUUUUAUUCAUUGGCAUAGACAAGACAUGAAUCUAUAAAAUAAAAAGUAACCAAGAAGUCAAUUAAUUACUGGUAAUUAAUUAUUCUAUUCGAUACCAUCAAAGGAAACUAAUACUUCAGUAGUCACAGAUAUGGCUAAAUUUGUUGGGUUUAGUCCCCUUAAAACGAAUUUAACGCUAUUUCUCCCUCAGGCAUUCCUCGCUCAAGUUG